UUCUCACUACUAAGUCAGUCACGUCUCUUGAUUUUCUCUGAGCUGUUGAUUGCUUUGAGAGGAGUGUGAAGGCGAGAGAACAUAGAAUUUUACUGGACAUAUGUGGAUAAUGAAUGUCGGCCUUCUGCUUAUUGUUUUGUUAACAGAACCACAAUUAGGCAAAUCACAAACUACAGAUGUCAUUCAGCCAGAUCCUUUGGUAACAUCCCAGGUUGGGGACACAGUAACUCUGCAGUGCUUCUUUCAGACACCUGAUCCAGCUUAUUUGUCUUGGUACAAACAGUCACGGGGGUGGAAACCUUGCCUCAUAUCCACAUUGUAUAAUUAUGAAGGAAAACCAGUUUUUUAUGAUAAGUUUAAAAAUGACUCUCGCUUCAGAAUGCAGGUUGGCACAGGAAAAAAUCACCUGAUCAUUUCAAAUACACAGGAUUUUGAUACAGCAAUGUAUUACUGCAGAGUAACAAUUCUAAAUGUGCUGCGUUUUGGAAAUGGAACACUUUUAUUAACAGGCACCGAUUCAAAGAGCAGGACUGUGGUACAGCAGCCUGUGUCUGACACAGUGCAGCCUGGAGACUCUGUGAGCCUGCAGUGUACACUAGAGACUGGGAGCUGUGCAGGAGAACACAGUGUUUACUGGUUCAAACAUGGAUCAGGAGAAUCCCUUCCAGGAGUCAUUUACACCCAUGGAAACAGGAGUGAUGAGUGUGAGAAGAGCCCUGAGGCUGGAUCUCCUACACGGAGCUGCGUCUACAGCCUCCCCAAGGGGAACCUCAGCCUCUCUGAUGCUGGGACUUACUACUGCGCUGUGGCCAUGUGUGGGGAGAUCCUCUUUGGGAACGGGACAGUCGUAAACGUUUCAGGGGAUACAGUUGCUCUCCUCUACAUUGUAUAUUUUCUGGGUGCCGCCUUGGCUGUUACUUGCAUCCUGAUUGUCAUUCUCAUCCACCUCAUAAGAAGACCCUGCCAGCAUUGUAAAGGACAAAAUGAAAAGCUGUCCACUGAAGAGAACCAUGAAGCUGACAGACUGAACUAUGCUGCACUGAAUUUCACUGGCAAGAAAACCAAAGACAGGAAUAAGAGAGCAGUCAUGGGGAGAGAAACUCUAUACUCAGAAGUGAGAUGUAAAGUUACAGGCUAAAACAAUGUGAUACACUCUUACUGUGUUAAAACUGUUUUUUACAGGUUUAACUUACUAAUAAAUAAUAACUGAAAUAGAAUUUUUUUUAAAUUACAAUGAAAUACUGGUUUUAUUGGUGUCAAAGAUAUUGAAAAUGGAUUGAUGGAUGGAUGGUAUUUUCUGUUCAAAAUGGAUUGACAGAUGGUAAGUUACAUAUUUUGUAAUUCAGAAUCAAUAAAAUAAGACUUUAGAAUUUUGUUUCAAUGCCUCCAUGCGUAACAUUUAUAUAAGAAAUUGCAUUCCUUAAUGUAGGGGAUACACGGUGUCGCAAAAGGUUAAAUAAAACUUUGUGAGUAAAGUAAAAGUAACAUGAAAAACCUGCAACAAAUGAUCUGAAAUAAGAACUACUUACCAAAAUAAUGAGGUAAAAGGAUAAACUUAUAAGAAGAAAAUGACAUAAGGGAUUGGGGAUAAAUGUGCAUAAAAUAAUCUUUAAAUUAAUGUACAGGACAGACAGGAAUACGUGGUGGAUGCUGUGUACAUGUGUAACAUAUACUGUAUAAUAACUGUUUCGUUCAUCAGUUGGGUCUACAGCAAUUCACUGUGUACAGCUGUGCUUCAGAAAUAAUGAAAUUGUAUCAAUGGUAGAAUGUGUGCUGUGCUGUGAAUCGAUUAAAAAUAAUAACAGUAAUUACCUUGCAGUCAUAAAAAAUUUACAAUUAAAUCCCUAAA